CAAUUUUGAGAAUAUUAAUUCUAGUUUCUAAUUAAAAAAAAGAAAUAUAGUAAAACAUCUGUUUUUUUGACAUGAAAUGAAUAUAUCCAUACAUCUCAGACUUCCUUUUAGGUUAUGAGAUAAUAAUUAUGAAAUAAUAAAAAGAUAAUAAGAUAUGGCAAAACCUAUACCCAAAAUUGGUUCGCGUAAAAAUGGACGUAUUGGUUCACGUAAACAUGCUCGUAAAAUACCAAAGGGCGUUAUUCAUGUUCAAGCUAGUUUCAACAAUACCAUUGUCACUGUUACCGAUGUACGGGGUCGGGUAAUUUCGUGGUCCUCCGCAGGUACUUGUGGAUUCAAAGGUACGCGAAGGGGAACACCAUUUGCCGCCCAAACCGCAGCAGGAAAUGUUAUUCGAACAGUAGCGAAGCAAGGCAUGCAACGAGCAGAAGUCAUGAUAAAGGGGCCCGGUCUCGGAAGAGAUGCGGCAUUAAGAGCUAUUCGUAGAAGUGGUAUACUCUUAAAUUUUAUACGGGAUGUAACCCCUAUGCCACAUAAUGGGUGUAGGUCCCCUAAAAAACGACGUGUGUAAUGUAAAACAAAAGAUAAAAAUAGAAAA